AUGGAGGGUGGUCCUUCUCUUUCGUUGGGAUUGUCAUCCAUCGGCGGCACCUACAGCACCAUGGUGGAGGCCAUCAUAAGGCCACCUCGAAUGCACUACACCACUGCAGAUCUGGGACCACCCAAAUUCCGUCUGGGCAGGAGGACCUUCCAGAGAACUGACUUUGAGGUGGUGAACAAGCGGGGCUUGACCAUUCAAGCGAGUCACUAUGAGCCCGUUGCAGGCGAGCGACCGCGCAAGCAGCUGCCGUGCGUGAUCUACCUCCAUGGCAACUGCGGCUGCCGUCUGGACGCCCUCGAAUGGGAGUACGUGUCGCUGGGCUACUACGAGAAGGAGGACCUGGUGGCCGCGGUGGAGCAUCUGCGCAGCACGGGCACCGUGUCGCGCAUCGGCCUGUGGGGUCGCAGCAUGGGCGCCGCAACCUCGAUCAUGUACGGCGCAACGGAUCCGUCCAUUGCGUGCAUGGUGCUCGACAGCCCGUUUUCGUCGCUCACCAAGGUCGCCAAGGAGCUCGUAGAGAACUCCCCUGUAAAAAUACCUAAGAUGAUGGUGAGCAUUGGAUUGCGGAUGAUUCGCAAGACGAUCGUGAGCAAGGCCAAGUUUGAUAUCAACAAAUUGGAACCGAUAGCCGUGGUGGGCAGUUGCUUCAUUCCGGCUCUCUUCGUGCACGGAGAGAGUGACACAUUCAUUGGCUCGCACCACUCUCACGAACUCAUCUUCUUCCACAACGCCCUGCUCUCCGCCGAGGAACAAGAGGAGACGAUGAAGGUGGCAGAGGCGCUGGAGGGCACCUCAUCGGGCGGCGACUCGUACCGAUCGCCGAGAGUCGUGCCGGACGUGUCGGCGGACUACGAUCCGAGCAUGGAGGACAUGGAAGACGAAAUGCUUCGCCAGGCCCUGCUCCUAUCGCUCCAGGACUGCACCUCCCCCUACGAGAUCAGUCCCGACGAAGAGGAGAAAAACUCGGCAGCAGAGGACGAGAGCGCCCGAGCAUAG